GAUGGUCUUGGGAAAUGACCGUCUCGACGACGGCAGAGGCAGACAACUCACGGGAUUGUGCAAUGCUGGCACAGUUACACAUCUACCUAUAGACAGCGACUUUGUUGAUCUCUUAGUAUCUCCGGGAUUGUGGAACCUAUCACCGCGAUGAAACUCAACGCGGCGCUGCUACAUUUAGCGCUGACUUUCGCAUGCUGCGAAGCGACGGAGUUUACUACGACAGCGACAAAUACGAGAGUAUUGUGACCGAUGAUGGAACUUCUCUACCGAUAUCUCUAAAUCCCCCACUCCCUUACUUUGGGGAAAAGUACACCAACUGUACUAUAUGGGCCAUGGAUACUUGAUUGAACUUCACAAUGAUACUUGGGGCAUGGGUAGGAUAGAAGAACUUCCUGUUGAAAACUACACACUCGUUGCGCCUUUCUUCGCGGAUUUCAACGUAGAAAUGGGAGGCACCAUAAAGUACAGUCUUCUACCAGUCAGCCGGGGCACUUUUCUUGAUAAAGCACAAGGACAGAUCAGAAACUUUACUCAGUAUGACCGACUUUCGACCGAAGUACUUGAUUUUGGCGACAUGGGAAGAGGUUGCUGGAUAUUUCAAUGAAUCAAACGAUCAGGUCGACACGCGCCGCAAGUGUGUGCUAGCUACUGAUGGCGAAAUGACAUUGCAAUCUUUCUCUAUAAUGAGCUACAGUGGAUUCAGGCUGACAGAAGUUCCAGUCCUGCACAUGUGGGAUUCAAUGAUGGAACAGCAGGGCAGGUGCAAUGCUGGGAGAUGCCCUGCUCAGGAGACCCCAACAUCAAAUCACUCGUGGACAGCAGUAACAUUGGAAAGCCAGGUGUCUGGCUGUUUCGUAUAGACCAGAGUGCUAUUCAAUCUUGUCCAAAUAAAGUGACAUGCGAUAGAGAUGAGCUGUGUUCAUGUCUGCAAGACAACAGCCAUCCCAGCUGCCUGUGCAAGAACACUAUCACUAACAAUUGCAGGAAUGAAGAGCUGGUUUGCUUGGAUGAUGAUCCUCUUGUGACCUCUAGUAAACCAGUCCCUACUGCAAUACAACCUCCAGAGGGCGAUACUCCUAAUAAUCAACGGACAGUUGUCAUUGUGGUCCCUCUGGUUCUGGUAGUGGUUCUCAUACUUCUUUUUGCGAUUUGUGGAGUUAAUUUCAAAAUUCUAAAGGACGGACAACCAAAUGCACAGGGGGACGAAGCUGACAGACCACCAAAUGAACAGGAGGACGAAGCUGACGGACCACCAAACCAACAGGGGGACGAG